GACAACGUUCGUGAUUGACACUUUUCCGCCGGGCCGGGAUAUGCGUGUAUGUGCGCGCCUGUGCCUUGCCCGAUUUUGUUAUAGUUCAUCUGGGCGAUGUAAACGGUGCGAAGCAUGUCCUCCAUACAUGCGUUAAUGUAGCACCUGAGACACUGGUCCUUCGUUUUCAUUCUCGGUUUUCCCCCCGGGAUCACGAGGGAAUUGACUGUUUCAGGCAUCCUUUAGAUUUCAUCCGGAGGGUGUAAUCUUACUGCCAAGGAUUCAACACCGUGGCCGAGGCGGAUGUUGGACCCAGUCUACAUGAUUUUUGGGUGUCAUCAAUUUGAAAUUUAUUAAGCAAGAUAAUCAUGGCGACCGAUUCUCCCGCUAGAAGUUUGGACGAGAUUGACCUUUCGGCUCUGCGGGACCCUGCAGGCAUAUUUGAGCUGGUGGAACUGGUUGGGAAUGGAACCUAUGGUCAAGUAUACAAGGGCUGCCAUGUCAAGACAGGACAGCUUGCUGCGAUCAAGGUCAUGGAUGUCACUGGAGAUGAGGAAGAGGAAAUCAAGGCGGAGAUCAACAUGCUGAAGAAGUACUCCCAUCACCGCAACAUCGCCACCUACUACGGUGCCUUCGUCAAGAAGAACCCACCAGGGAUGGAUGACCAGCUUUGGUUGGUGAUGGAGUUCUGUGGUGCGGGCUCGGUGACUGACCUGAUUAAGAACACGAAAGGGAACUCUCUGAAGGAGGAGUGGACGGCCUACAUCUGUCGGGAGAUCCUCAGGGGUUUGACCCAUCUCCACCAGCAUAAGGUCAUCCAUCGGGACAUCAAGGGCCAGAACGUCCUGCUCACUGAAAAUGCUGAGGUCAAGCUGGUGGACUUUGGUGUGAGUGCGCAGCUUGACCGGACCGUGGGCCGGAGGAACACGUUCAUUGGCACGCCGUACUGGAUGGCCCCAGAGGUCAUCGCCUGCGAUGAGAACCCAGACGCCACAUAUGACUUCAAGAGUGAUCUGUGGUCUUUGGGAAUCACCGCCAUAGAGAUGGCAGAGGGAGCGCCACCGCUGUGUGACAUGCACCCCAUGAGGGCCCUCUUCCUCAUCCCCAGGAACCCGGCACCCCGGCUCAAGUCCAAGAAGUGGUCAAAGAAGUUUCAGUCGUUCGUGGACAGCUGCCUGGUGAAGAACCACAACCAGAGGCCCAGCACAGAGCAGCUGCUCAAGCACCCCUACAUCCGCGACCUGCCCAACGAGCGGCAGGUCCGCAUCCAGCUGAAAGACCACAUCGACCGCACCAAGAAGAAGAGAGGCGAGAGGGAUGAGACGGAGUACGAGUACAGUGGCAGUGAGGACGAGGAGGAGCGAGACAUGGGGGAGCCCAGCUCCAUCAUCAACAUCCCUGGUGAGUCCACGCUGAGGCGGGACUUCCUGCGCCUGCAGCUGGCCAAUAAGGAGCGCUCGGAGGCGCUGCGGCGACAGCAGCUGGAGCAGCAGCAGAACGAGGAGCACAAGCGCCAACUGCUGGCCGAGCGGCAGAAACGCAUCGAGGAGCAGAAGGAGCAGCGGCGGAGACUGGAGGAGCAACAGCGACGGGAGCGUGAGGUCAGGAAGCAGCAGGAGCGUGAGCAGAGGAGACGCUAUGAGGAGAUGGAGCAGCUGAGGAGAGACGAGGAGCGUCGGCACGCCGAGAGGGAGCAGGAGUACAUCCGCAGGCAGCUGGAGGAGGAGCAGAGGCAGCUCGAGAUCCUGCAGCAGCAGCUCCUUCAGGAGCAAGCCCUUCUCCUGGAGUACAAGCGUAAGCAGCUGGAGGAGCAGAGGCAGGCGGAGCGUCUGCAGCGGCAGCUGCAGCAGGAGAGGGCCUACCUGGUCUCCCUCCAGCAGCAGCAGCAGGAGCCAAGGCCCGCCGACAAGAAGCAGCUCUACCACUACAAGGACACGGCCAACCCAGCCGAGAAGCCUGCUUGGGCCAAAGAGGUGAUGAGACGGGCCCAGAGUAACUCCCCCAGACUCCCCCCCAAGAGGUAUCACUCCUUCAACACCCCCAGGGACCAACCUGGCGGCCACCACCUGGCCCCCAACCCCCAGGAGAGCCCCAGCCGUAGCCCCCGCCACCGCGGCUCCCCCGCCCGUCCCCCCUCCUAUCCCGCGGCCUCCCCCUCCCGCAGGGGGUCUCAUGAGUGGCGGCUGCCUCAAGGCGCCAACAUCCCGUCCAUCCGGGUGUCCUGUGAGCCAGACCUGGAGGACAUGCUAAGGCAGUUCAUGGCACGCAAGGCAGAGGCCCGCGGUCGUAGCCCUGACCGCACAAACAAACGGGUGGAGGAGCGCUCCAAGCUCAACCGCCAGAGCUCACCGGCCCUGCAGCACAAGGUGGCCAACCGCAUCUCUGACCCGUCCCUGCCCCCUCGCUCCGAGUCCUUCAGCAGCGGGGGCAUCCAGCAGGCGCGCACGCCACCCAUGCACCGCUCCAUCGAGCCCCAGAUGGCCCACCUCGUCUCGGUCAAGUCGCACGGCUCCUCCAUGACGGGCUCCCAGUCUCUGCAUGACCAGUCUUCCCAGGGCGUCUCCGCCUUCCAGGAGAGCCUGUCCCCCCACCGCCCGCCCAUGCCGCGCCAGAACUCGGACCCAACCUCUGAGACCCCGCCUCCUCCACCACGCAUCGCCAGCCGCGACGACAAGUUUGACCGCUCCUGGCUGAGGCAGGACGAGGACCUCCCCCCUAAGGUGCCACAGAGGACCACCUCGAUAUCCCCGGCGCUGGUCAGGAAGAACUCCCCAGGGAACGGACCUGGCGGUCUGGGCCCACGGACUGGGUCCCAUCUCAUCCGGGCCAGUAACCCAGACCUGCGGAGGACGGACGUUUCCAUGGAGUCGGCCCUCCCGAGGACCAGCAGCGGGAGUUCGUCCAGCUCCAGCACCCCCAGCUCCCAGGGUGGCUCUAGCGAGAGAAAGCGUGUGGGAGGGUCCUCCAUCCCCGAGGGGUCUCCAGCCGUCUCCCAGGAGAGCAAGCCCAAAGCCCAGGAGGAGGGGAGGGAGGUGACCCGGCCCAGUCGGCCUGCGGAUUUGACUGCUCUGGCCAAAGAGCUGCGUGAGCUGCGCUCCAAUGAGGACACCCACCGCCCACCCGUCAAAGUGACGGAGUACUCGUCCUCCAGUGAGGAGUCGAGCAGCGAUGAGGAGGAGGACGGAGAGGGCGGAGCCCACGACGGCACUGUGCAUGUCAGCGACAUCCCACGGAUCAUGCCUUCAGCCGGCCAGGGUGGUAAUGAACCCUUUGGUGGCAUGGGCAACCAAGAGGACUCCCAUGGCAACGACACUUACGGCAACAACUCCAAGGACAGCACGCUCAUGAUGAGAGAGACGUUUGGGGACAGAAAGCGCUCGGGUCACGCCGAGAGCAACGGUUUCCCCGGUAACGCCAAUCUGCCCGAUCUAGUGCAGCAAAGUCACUCCCCCUUGGCCACGCCGGGCGAGGGUCCGGGGUGGCGCCCCAGUCUGCAUGCGCAGGACCUGGACUCGGUGGCCGAAUAUGGGAUGGGCAGUGGCUCCAAGUCCUCCUUCACUCCGUUUGUCGACCCACGCGUGUACCAGACGUCCCCGACAGACGACAACGAUGAGAACUCAGCCUCAGCCCUGUUUUCAGAUGAGCUGAUGCGUCAGCAGGAGGAGCAGGAACAGGCUCGGCUCAACGAGGCCCGCAAGAUCUCGGUGGUCAAUGUCAACCCCACCAACAUCCGACCCCACAGCGACACCCCAGAGAUCCGCAAAUACAAGAAACGCUUCAACUCUGAGAUCCUGUGCGCAGCACUGUGGGGGGUGAACCUGCUGGUGGGCACAGAGAAUGGCCUGAUGCUGCUGGACCGGAGUGGCCAGGGCAAGGUGUACAACCUCAUCAACCGCCGACGCUUCCAACAGAUGGAUGUUCUGGAGGGCCUUAAUGUCCUGGUCACCAUAUCAGGCAAGAAGAACAAGCUGAGGGUCUACUAUCUGUCCUGGCUGAGAAAUAGGAUACUUCACAAUGACCCUGAAGUGGAGAAGAAACAGGGAUGGAUCACUGUUGGAGAGCUGGAGGGUUGUGUCCACUACAAAGUUGUCAAAUAUGAAAGGAUCAAAUUCCUGGUGAUUGCUUUGAAGAACGCUGUGGAGAUAUACGCCUGGGCUCCAAAGCCAUACCACAAAUUUAUGGCUUUCAAGUCUUUCACAGAUCUGCAGCACAAGCCUCUGUUGGUGGACCUGACCGUGGAAGAAGGUCAGAGGUUAAAGGUUAUCUAUGGUUCCAGCGUGGGGUUCCAUGUGAUUGACGUGGACUCUGGGAACCCGUAUGAUAUCUACAUCCCGUCCCAUAUUCAGAGCAGUGUCACCCCCCACGCCAUUGUGGUGCUCCCCAAGACCGACGGGAUGGAGAUGCUUCUGUGUUAUGAAGAUGAGGGUGUCUAUGUGAACACUUACGGCAGAAUCACUAAAGACGUGGUGCUACAAUGGGGAGAGAUGCCCACCUCUGUUGCCUACAUCCACUCCAACCAGAUCAUGGGAUGGGGAGAGAAAGCCAUUGAGAUCCGCUCCGUGGAGACGGGACACCUCGACGGAGUUUUCAUGCACAAGCGAGCUCAGCGACUGAAGUUCCUCUCUGAGAGGAAUGACAAGGUCUUCUUUGCCUCCGUCCGUUCAGGAGGCAGCAGCCAAGUUUUCUUUAUGACCCUGAACAGAAACUCCAUGAUGAACUGGUAAAUUGUCAUCAGCCAUCACUCCAUCAUCAUUAACAGUUGAAGUAAGGCAGUUUGAGAAAACGUGAAGGAAAAGUGGAAAGAAAAGAAAUCACGGUUUAUAAAGAACAAUUAAGACGAACAUGAGGAGGACACUGCAGUCCACCAUGAGCACCAUAAUCUUUCCAGAAAACCCAUCAGGAGAGCAUAUUAUGAGUCAGAAAAUCAGUUGGAAGGAGAUUCAAGAUGCCACCUGUCAUGGAAGAAAAACCCUUCUCUGGAACUCCAAAAAGGAAAUUCUGCCUCUCUGAGGUUGUCUUUUGUGUUUUCCAAACAAAUAUUAAUUUCCGUUUCUUUGGAUUUGCAAGAGAACGAUGUCCUAUGCUUCAAAUUAAGUGUCUUUGUUAAAGAAAUGGUUUAGUGCAAAUAAGAUAUGACACUUUUACUGCAGUGACAUUUUGCAGUAAGGUUGUACAGUUACACCUGAAUGAUAGAAAGGAUAUGUGUACAGGGUGGUAUGUGUAUUAAACUUCAAAAUGUCAGAACUUUGUCUGUUGUGAAACAUCACCACCACCAUUUUGUUGUAAGGCUUUCCUGAAGUCCUUCACAGUAGCUGUGCUGGAGUGUGUCUGUGAAUGUGCAUGUUUGAGUGUUUGAAUGGGUGCUUUUUAUUAGAAAAGCAAUGCCACAUCACUGGAAAACAAAGAUUUUUGGAGAGAAAAACACUCCGUCAUGAGACGGUUUGAGAUGUAUUUAUCAUUAUAGUUCAAUGGUAACUGUCAUCCACUGAUUCUGGCCUUUCCUUUGUUCAACCGUUUUCUCCCUAUUGGUGUACAAUAAUCCUACAAUGAUCUGCCAUGAAAUGGGUAUAUCAUGUAACAGCCAUGUAUAGUAAUAGCCAAAAAAGGACUGGUGUAAUCAGGUGAACUGUGAGUAUAUUCUCAGUUCUCCAGUAGAUGUGCUCAUCUACACCUUUUUGAGUUCCUUCCCAUACACCUUGUCAUAAUUAAUGUUCAUUUGUUUUGAACACAGGGGACCCUGUUACCAAAUGAACCUUCAGUGCGCAACUGUGACUAAAUAGGAGAAAUGCUUAUACUCAAAUAAGUGCACCGAGAGAGCCUGAAUUGAGAAUAGCAGUUAGUGUUGUGGGUUUGAAAAAGAAACUAUUGAGUCAGAGAAUGGAGUGAUCCUUUGUAGAGCUUCCUCCUAACCUACCUCGUUUGUUCAUUUCUGUUCUCCUAUGUUUAAUGCUUCAUAAGACUGCUUCUCCAGAGUCAGGAAAUGCAUUGUCUCUAUUCAAAAGAUCAUGCAACAGUAAUCUGGAAAAAAUAACCUUGACUAAAGUUGGAUUUGUAUCGUUAACAAUAUUUACAAAGCAGCAGUCAAAAUGUAACAAUAUGUGCAUCAUAUUUUAAAUUCCCAAUUGCCAUUUAAGUUAAUCUGUUUGGCCAGAGGAAUUGUUUAAUUGAAAUCUAAUCGAAGAAUGAACAUUCAAAAAAUAUAUGAGAACAUCAUGUGGACCAGGAAAACCUCUGUGCCAAAAAUGAUGCUUCAUCCAAGAGCCAAAAAUACUUUCUGAAAAUAUUUUUUAUUCAUGUUUCCUGUAGUCAUUAAGAAUGAAGUUCAGACAAAAUAUGAAUGAAAGUAAUUAUCAGCUUUUCAUCUCACAAUAUUAUAUGGACUAAAUGUUCAUUCAUUUAAAAUCAAUCAUUUAAAAAAUAAUAAUUUCAAAUUUUAUUCCUAUGUACAUUUUGUUUAUUUUUUUGUAGUAAAAAAAAACUGUGAAAAUGUGUGUUUGAGUGAGAAAGUGUGUGUGUGUGUGUGUAUGUAUGCGUGCCUGCGUGCACGCUUGUCCACAGACGCAUUUAAGCAUGGGUGGGAGUUCACUAUUUUCCCUAACAACACAGGGAUUUAACAAAUGUCACGGCAACAAAAUCUAUGGUAUGAGGAUAUUUGUCAUUUUAUUUCAUGCACUGCCUGCAAUUUGGAUUCUGUAUUUCUACACUCAUUUUUAUGGAGUUUUAUAAUAAGUUUGUUUGCGCUUACUUUGAUGAAAUCUGGAAUAAUAUCAAUAAAAAUGUCAAAUGUAAAUUGUUGUAAUAAUAAGUUUAGCUAAUUACUAGAUUGUCAAGAGUUCGAAUAUUCAUGAUUGGAUUAAUUAGACUAUCUUUUCUCAGUGGCUGAUUUUAACUGUAAAAUGCACAUUACUGUUAUAAGUGAGGACUUCUAGGUCUUAUUAAAACAAUUUCAGUAUGGCUUAUUUAUAUACAGCCACACUGAAAUAUACUUUUAGGAAGUUGUAGGCCUACCUGUUCAUACAAGAUGGAUGAUCUGAAUGGAGAAAAUUCACUGGAGUACUGCCUUAUGUCAGCAUUGAGAAACAUACAUUGUGUUUUACCAGAGACUUGACAUAGACUGGGAACGUACAGUAUGUCAGUAUCUAUAGUCCUGCAGGAACUGUUCCAUUUAUCCUGUGACAUUCUCCAAAGCUGCAUAAAACAGAGCUCUUUCACAAGUCGCAGUUACUGUUGGAGGCUGGAAAUGGAAUUUUCUUAUUCAUGCCCUCUCCGUUUCAUUAUGUUAUUCCUUUUCAUGUCAGUGCAGUGAACAGGGUGUAGCCUACACUUUUCAUGUUUACUGAGCACACUCUCUCACUGUAAAAUAUAUAUAUAUAUACUUGUGAUUGGAAAACUCACACACUGAGAUUUCCCCCUUUUUGGUCUGUAUUCAUUCAAACUGGUAGUAAGAAAUGUUCAUGAUUAUGACCUACUGUGUAGAAUAUUGGUCAAGUUUUGCUUUUCCAUCUUAGUUAUUGUUCAGUAUACAUCAUCUAUCCGGAAUAUUUUUCCCAACAAACUACAGUGUUACUUUUUUUCUAGACAGGUUAUUUUGUAUAAUUUUAUGAGAAUAGUUAGUGUGUCUGAAAGUGCUAUGAAAUCUCUAUUAGAAUGUCAGAGAUUAUUAAAUAUCAGUGCUUUAUGUGAGGACAAUUUAUCCGGUUUCAAAGGUUUCACCAGUACUGUAAAAUGCUUUCUUCAUAAUCUCUUUUUAUGUCUGCCUCUCCGAGUUAUAGGAAAAUGAACUUAUUUGCCCAUCUUUUUUCUUUUUGUGGUGAUGUUACCUUGGUCUUUGGUUUAUUUUGCACAAUAUUAAUAUUUAUGUUUGAGGGAGGAAGACAUUGAUAAUACAUGGACAACAGAUAAUGAUAUAAUCUGGGUCCUGCAAAGGUUGGCGUGAACUCUGCAUCAAACAUCAUCAUUUAGCAAUAAAGUGCACAACUGUUUUACGCAAGUGUUUUUCACUUUCAAUUAUUUCCCUUUAUCUGGAUAUAAGGGAUCAUUGUCAAAGCAGUAGCUUCUUAAUAAUGGGUCCAUCAUUAUCUCAACAACUGUCCAUAUUUUCCCUCUCACACUUUAUUUUCAAAAGAAAUUGAUAAGACAUAGCAAUGUUUUUAAAUAAAUUAAUACAUUUGAAUAAAUACAUUUUGCCACGUG